UGUGAGAAAGAUCAUCUGUAAAGAAAUGAAGGCUACGGUGACUGUGUUCAGUUUCUUUUGCCUGUUUGGACUGAUCUUUAGUUACUACAGAAAACACUUUUUUGUGAAAAAAGAAAUGACCUGGACAGAUGCACAGACGUACUGCCGAGAGUACUACCAUGACCUGUCCACCAUCAGUGGUGAAGAGGCAACACUGCUCUCCAAUAAUCCAGAAGUCACUAAUGAAUAUUGGGUUGGACUUCACAUAAAUUCCCAAAACCCAAACACAUGGAUAUGGUCUACAGGUGAGGAGGCAACAAUUAUCAACUGGGACAUAGGACAACCAAAUGAUGCUCACAAAAAUUGUGGCAGAGUAAAAACAUCAACUUUUAAACUCAGCAGCACUUUGUGCUCUUUGCUUCUCCCAUUUUAUUGUAUGGAGAUCUUUGAGCCAGUCCUGGUGCAGCAGAAUAAGACAUGGGAAGAGGCCCUGGGAUACUGCAGGCAAAAUUACGCUGACCUUGUCAUUCUAAACUCUGAGACGAUUAUGGCAGAGGUGAUAAACAACAUCACAACAGCCCAGACAGCUCAUGUGUGGACUGGUCUGCGCUUUCUGGCUGGUCAUUGGCUCUGGGUCAGUGGAGAUUAUCUUGAAUAUAAAGCCUGGUCUGUGGAGGGAGAGCUCCAGUGUCCUGCUAUAAAUCUUCGUUGUGGAGCUGUGGAUAGAGAAGAAAAGGUGCAGGCUGCCAGCUUGAACAGAGACAUGACGAUUCGCUUUCGGGUCGGAACCGGUCGCAACCUGCAAUAGGCACAACAUCAGGACCAAUAUUACAGUCCUAUCAGAAGGGCAACAGCUCCCUUUUGAUUGCAGUUCCUCCUCUUCUGAUUGCUUUUAUUUGUGAAAUUAAUUUCAAUUAAUUGUCUCAAUAUUCUCCCCAUUUUACCAAAACUUAGGAGAGAAAAAAAAGGGACAUCUGGGAGGCGAAUUAGCGAUAAACACACAUUUCUGUAUGGAAAUGGCUUAAGGGCAGAUUUAUUUUGCGAUAAACCAAAGUGUUUUUUGUUUUGUUGUUGUUGUUGUUGUUGUUGUUUAGGCAUGACGUCAUCACGCACACCAUUUUUAUCGACGAAAGGCCAUUUGAAUGGAAACAGGCAGAAGACGGCAAAUUUCACAAAAUUUGUUUUACGCAUUUUCACUUUGUCGAUAACAAAAUAGCGCGAAAAGUGGAUUUUUGAGUUUAUAUUUAGAAAGUGUUUUUUGUUUUUGUUUAUGCAUUUACAUUUUAGUGUAAAAAAGAAAGGAUUUACACAUCCUUUCUUGAGAUGAUUUUGCCAGCAUUAGUUUAAUAGUGGUUAAAUAUCUGUUUAAAAUGUUUCUUGAGAAAAUGUACCCUAUGUUCUUAAAUGUAUGUAUCUCCCUAUUUACAGAUUUUUUUUUUUUUUUUAUCUAAAACUGGUGUACUCUGUAUGUUCUCUGUAAAAAACCAAAAACAAACAUAUGAUGAUGUAUAAUAUGAGACACCCUCCAAUAAUUAAUCUAUGAUUUAAAAUAAUGCAUCAGAUUUGCAUAAAUCGUUCACUGUGCAGCUGAUGUGAAUAACUCUUUUACUGUUACACUGUAUGUUCUUUCAAAACAAAUAAAUAUAUU